AUGAAGCCCCAGACACGAUCUCAGAAUCGCCGUGACUCGCAGGUCGCGUCUUCCAAGGAUCAAAAGACCAACCCAGAGCCUCAGACCUCGUUGGCGCCACCGCCGCGACCGGGUGCGCCGACUGCGUCUGACACCCCAGACUACUUCAGCUCCAUGCACAAUCCCUUCUCCCUGGAGCCCAAUCCGUUUGAACAAUCCUUCAGUGGGGACCAGCCAAACGAGACUCCAGGCAAAUCCCUGCUGCCGUCAGUGGCUGCCCUCACCUCCCCGGCCAUCCCGGGCUCCAACCAGGGCAACGGGUACAACUGGUCCAACUCGUUGCGCUCGGGACCUCUGAGCCCGGCCAUGCUUCCCGGCCCGACCGGCGGGAACGACUACUUUGACAGCAUCGGUCGCGGCUUCCCCACCCCGAACGAGUCUUCCUUGCGCACAGGACUGACUCCCGGUGGUGGUGGGUCCAUGUUCCCUGCCCCCAGCCCCAACUCACAGGCAUUGCUCCAUCAGCUUCAGAACGGAGGUGCGACGCCCUCAACUAUUGACUUCCACCGUACUGCCCUCGCCGCGAAGAAAAACAACGCGAAUGCUCCUACUUCCAACCCUAACGACCAAGAGCAAAGUAAUGCCAGUAACGUGGACGUAAAGCCCGCUCGCCCAGCCGACUUCACUCAGCACGAUGCAGCAGAUGCGGCCAAUGGGCUCUUCAUGUUGGCCAAAGGUGGCCAAGCCAACAACUCAAUGAACCAGGCCCCCAUGCAAAAUGAUACCCGUGCUGCGGCGGCCCGACGCGUGUCUCAAAACACCAACGGUACUAGUGGAGACGAUGUAUCUGACGCGGAACCUGCCAAGCCUGCCAGGGGUAAGGGUAAAAAGAAUGCCCCCAAGGCACAGGCCAACAACCGCCGCAAGGCCGAGGAGGCCCCGAAGGGUGCCAACAAGCGGACUAAGACGAGCAUGGACAUGCCAUCAGAUAUGGAUGAUGACGAUGACGAUGAUGACAUGAAGAAGUUCCCUAUGGAUACGAAGAAAAUGACCGAUGAGGAGAAGCGCCGCAACUUUUUGGAGCGAAACCGUGUCGCCGCUCUCAAAUGUCGUCAACGCAAGAAGCAGUGGUUGGCCAACCUUCAGGCUAAGGUUGAGCUCUUCACCACCGAGAACGAUGCCCUUACUGCUACGGUGACCCAGCUUCGAGAGGAAAUUGUCAACCUCAAGACCCUCCUGCUGGCACACAAGGACUGUCCGGUUUCCCAAGCCCAGGGCCUGGGUCCCUUGAUGAUGAACGGCAUGGGACCUGGAUACGAGCACCACGGCUAUAACAUGCCUCCCAAUAUGGGCAUGCAACAAGGUGGAAUUCCCGCUCAAGGCAUGCGCCGUUGA